AUGGACGAAGUUUUAUUCUAUAUCUCACAGGGAGAUAAGAAUGAGUCUAAAAAGACAGCUGUUGAGUCAUUUGCCUAUAUAUCAUCGAUUCAUUCUUCAAAGCAAUAUCAAUCAUACAGACAUGCUUCAUCUCCGCUUCAUGGCACUUGCAUCACUGGCAUAGGUCCAGGUGAGCGUAUAUUCACAUGUGACUCGAAGAAGGCAUUAAUCAAUGUUUACUCGUAUGGCAAGGAGGGUAUAGACCAACGAAUACCUGUACCUGAAUCAUUAAAUACGUUGCAUAUCAUUCAUCAUCCUGAGACAACUACUUCUGAUUUCCAACUUCAUCAGAAACCAAACUUUAGAAUACCGUGGUUGCUUUGUGGUGGAUCGAAACUGGGUAAGUUGUACAUUUGGGAAUUAUCAUCAGGUGAUUUGCUCUGUGUGAAGGAGGCUCAUUAUCAGGGAAUAUCAAUAAUCAAAUCCAGUAGUUGCAAAACAUUCCUUAUUACUGGUGGUGAAGACGCAAGAUGCUUAGUAUGGAAUUUGGCAGAUUUGAUAUCCAUAUACGGUAACAACAACAACGGGGGAGAUGAAAAUGGUCAAGAUCAUUUACGAUUAGUGAAACCAUACUGGGCGAUUUCAGAAAACACUUUACCUAUCACCGAUCUCAAUUUGAACCCAACGGGCAUCAUUAAUGAUCUAAAGUUGUACACGAGUUCCAAGGAUGGAACUGUAAGAGUAUUUGAUAUAAUGACAAAGUCGCAAUUAACUACGUUUAUCUUGCCUCAUUCGGUUGAAUCUUUAACUCGCGAUCCAGCGAACCGAGCACUUUACGUUGGAUUAUCGAACGGACAAAUUAAAAUGAUUCCGUUAUACAAGUUCAAUCCCCAUACUUCUGUUCUUGAAGGAGUUGGGGGAAUGAAUAAAAUUAUAACUAUUGACGCACAAGAUCCAAACUUAGCAACAACUUUUGUUCAACAUCAAGAUGCAUCGUCACCAGUAUUGCAGCUUUGCAUAUCAAUGGAUGGCACAAGUUUGAUCUCGGGGGAUGCACUGGGGCAAAUAUACGUAUCAGACAUUGUCACAAAGCAAACCAUUAAAAGUUUUACCAGUUUGAGUUUCCCCAUUGCUUAUCUUGUUUUACAAACAGUGCUGACUAAAACAUUGGAUUCAACGAGGGGUAAUGUAAGAUCAGACAAGAAGCAUCGUAUGGUACCAACUUUAAAACGUGUCUUGGCCAGUAGUGAUCCAGCUGAACAUACUUUAUUUAUGGAUAUACCAGAACCAGUCACCAUCGAUGAGGAUGAUGAAAGUGAUGGGGACUUUAACUCCUGGUUGGAAACAAAACGAGUUGAGGAAUUGCAAUUCAAGAAUUUAUCCGAUAUUGACUCGACUGUGAAGACCAUUGGCAACAAUACCAGCUCUUCAUCCAAUAAUACAAAUUUGGAACUGAAGUUGAAAAAAGUUUCUGAGGCUUACACCGGUUUGAGAUCCAAGUACGAAGAGCUCCUUAAAGAGCAUGCCAAGCUCCUUGAUGAUAAGUAA